AUGGUCAACUCCUGUUGUGGCUCUGUCUGCUCUGAGCAGGGCUGUGAUCAAAGUCCCUGCCAGGAGAGCUGUUGCCAGCCAAGCUGCUGCCAGACUACCUGCUGCAGGACCACCUGCUGCCGCCCCAGCUGCUGUGUCUCCAGCUGCUGCAGGCCCAGCUGUCAGACCACCUGCUGCCGCCCAGUCUGUUGCCAGACCACUUGCCGCCCCAGCUGCUGCCGCCCAGUGUGCUGUCAGACCACCUGCCGCCCUAGCUGUGGAGUGUCCAGCUGCUGCCGCCCAGUCUGCUGCCAGACCACCUGCUGUCAGUCCAGCUGCUGCCGCCCAGUGUGCUGUCAGACCACCUGCCGCCCUAGCUGUGGAGUGUCCAGCUGCUGCCGCCCAGUCUGUUGCCAGACUACCUGCCGCCCCAGUUGCGGAGUGUCCAGCUGUUGCCGUCCAGUCUGCUGCCAGACCACUUGCUGCCGUACAACUUCCUGUGGCCCCUCUUGCUGA